AUGGCUACCUCAUCUAGAAUGCCUAUUAUUCUCUUAUUAGGACUAACCUUGAUUCUAGCCAUUUCAAGAACAACACAAGCUAAUGACCCUGAUAUCUUAACCGACUUCGUCACCCCAAAUACGAGCUCUGUUGAUGCCAGUUUCUUCACCUUCAGUGGACUCAGUGCGUAUUACAACCCAAACCCUAAAAAUUUCACAGUCCUUAAAGCUACGAUGAACGAAUUCCCGGCUCUAAAUGGCCAAAGUGUAUCCUAUGCGGUGCUCCAGUUCCCAGCAGCUGCCGUGAACCCACCUCACACUCACCCUCGUUCAGCUGAACUGUUGUUGGUGAUGAUGGGUACCCUUGAAGUUGGAUUUGUUGACACCAAGAACGUUUUGUAUAAUCAAACUCUUCAAACAGGCGACAUGUUUGUGUUUCCAAAGGGACUUGUUCAUUUUCAGUACAACAGGAACCACAACCAAUCGGCCAUAGCGAUUUCUGCAUUUGGAAGUGCGAAUGGUGGCCUGCUUUCGGUGCCAAAGUCUGUUUUCACUACUGGUAUUGAUGAUAAUGUGCUUGCUAUGUCGUUCAAAACAGACGUUCCUACUGUUCAGAAAAUCGAGCUAGGACUUAAAAAGUAG